CACAAAUAUUCGUCGAUUCAACCUUUUCUCCCUGUAUUUCACCUCAUUCCCAAUGAACUACGAUGCUCAUAAUCAGUUAAUCACACAACAUACACGCUCACCGUCCUCGCCCUACUGAUUUUCUUCACCAAUUUCUGUAAUUCGUCCUCUUACGAAUUCAAUCUUACCAUCGUACUGACUAUUACUUAGUUGUUCAGACCAGACCGAAGAAAUGAAAGUUUCGAAAUGGUUUUUUGUAAUUAUGAUUGUUUCGUUUCUUAAACCUCAAAUCUCAUUUGGGGUUUCUGAGAUCUCGCAAGAAUUUCUCAAAUUCGCAAAGAAAAGUGAGGUUUUUGAUUGGAUGGUGGGGGUUAGGAGAAAGAUACAUGAGAAUCCAGAGCUGGGAUAUCAAGAAUUCGAGACCAGUAAAGUUAUCAGAGAAGAAUUGGAUAAAUUGGGGAUUUCUUACAAACACCCAAUUGCAGUUACCGGCGUUGUUGGAUUCCUCGGCUCCGGCGAACCUCCGUUUGUUGCUCUAAGGGCAGAUAUGGAUGCUCUUUCCAUUCAGGAAAUGGUGGAAUGGAAACACAAGAGUAAAGUUCCUGGAAAGAUGCAUGCAUGUGGUCAUGAUGGUCAUGUCACAAUGCUUCUUGGAGCAGCCAAGAUUCUCAAAAGCCAUAGCCAUCUUUUGAAGGGAACAGUAGUCCUGGUUUUUCAACCGGCGGAGGAAGGCGGUGGUGGUGCAAAACAGGUGGUGGAUAGUGGUUCUCUUGAGAAUGUGAAAGCCAUAUUUGGUUUACAUGUUUUUCCACAGCCGCCUCUCGGUCAAGUUUUCUCAAAAUCCGGUGCUAUUUUGGCCGGAAGUGGUGUUUUUGAAGCGGUCAUCACCGGAAAAGGUGGUCAUGCCGCCAUCCCCCACCACUCAAUCGACCCAAUUUUAGCAGCCUCAAAUGUGGUUGUCAGUUUACAGCAUCUCGUGUCAAGAGAAACCGAUCCUCUUGAUUCUCAGGUUGUUACGGUUGCCAAAUUUCAUGGAGGUGGUGCUUUUAAUGUUAUUCCUGAUUCAGUCACCAUUGGUGGAACCUUCCGUGCUUUCUCUAAACAAAGUUUUAUGCAAUUGAAGCAACGAAUAGAGGAGGUUAUUGUAGGGCAAGCAAGUGUACAUAGGUGUAAUGCAAGUGUGACAUUUGGUUCAAAGGAUAAACCCUUCUUCCCUGCUACAAUAAACCAUGAGGGGUUACACAAAUUCUUCCAAGAAAUUGCAGGAGAUGUUCUUGGUGUUGAUAAUGUUAAAGAGAUGCUACCAUUAACAGGGGCAGAGGAUUUUUCAUUCUACCAAGAGAUUAUACCUGGCGACUUUAGCUGCAAGGUACCUUGGUCAAACUCUGGAUUUGGAGAGACAUCAACAUGUUGA